AUGGAGCUGCGCUCGGAGCUGCCCAGCGUGCCCGGCGCGGCGACAGCAGCAGCGACAGCAACAGGACCACCCGUGGCAUCGGUGGCGUCGGUGGCUGCGGCCGCAGCAGCCGCAGCGUCACUACCAGUGAGCGUGGCCGGAGGCUUGCUGCGGGCGCCGCCGCUGCUGUUGAGGGCUGCGGAGAAGUACCCGCGGACCCCCAAGUGCGCGCGCUGCCGCAACCACGGAGUGGUGUCAGCGCUCAAGGGCCACAAGCGCUACUGCCGCUGGAAAGACUGCCUGUGCGCCAAGUGCACGCUCAUCGCCGAGCGCCAGCGCGUCAUGGCGGCACAGGUGGCAUUGCGCAGGCAGCAGGCGCAGGAAGAGAACGAAGCGCGCGAGUUGCAACUGCUGUACGGCACUGCCGAGGGCCUGGCGCUGGCCGCCGCCAACGGCAUCAUCCCACCGCGGCCGGCCUACGAAGUCUUUGGAUCAGUGUGCGCCACCGACGGCGGCGCGCCGGGAGCUGGAGCGCCUGCGGGGAAUGCAGGGGGCGCAGGGGGCGCAGGUGAGAGCAAGGCCAAGUUGCAGAAGUUUGAUCUAUUUCCCAAGACACUGCUUCAGGCUGGCCGCCCUGACAGUCCGCAGCCGCCUCCGGUGAAGCCCCUGUCGCCCGACGGCGCGGACUCGGGUCCCGGAACCUCUUCCCCGGAGGUGCGGCCCGGCUCAGGCUCAGAGAACGGAGAUGGCGAGUCCUUUUCGGGGUCGCCCUUGGCCCGGGCCUCCAAGGAGGCAGGUGGCAGCUGUCCUGGUAGCGCGGGCCCGGGCGGUGGCGGCGAAGAGGACAGCCCCGGCUCCUCCAGUCCCCUGGGUUCCGAAUCGGGUUCGGAGGCUGAAAAAGAAGAAGCGGAGGCCGCCCCGACUGCCGGGCUGGGCGGCGGCCCGGGUCCGCGGCAGCGGACGCCGCUGGACAUCUUGACACGCGUCUUCCCGGGCCACCGCAGAGGCGUCUUGGAGCUCGUGCUGCAGGGCUGCGGCGGCGACGUGGUGCAGGCCAUCGAGCAGGUGCUGAACCAUCACCGCGGAGGCCUGGCGGCCGGCCUGGGUCCCGCCGCGCCGCUGGAUAAGGCGGCGGUGAGCGCGGCCGCAGCGGUGGACGACGCGUGGCCCGGGCGCGUGGACGCCGCAGCCGCCGGGGUUCCCGGGCUGCCCGCUCCGCUGCAGACCGGGCCCGCCGCGCCCCCGCACCACAGACCCUUGCUGGCCGGGGCCAUGACGCCGGGCGCGCUGGGCUCGCUCAGCAGCCGCUCCGCCUUCUCGCCGCUGCAGCCGAACGCCAGCCACUUCGGCGCCGACGCGGGCGCCUAUCCUCUGGGCGCGCCGCUCGGCCUGAGUCCGCUGCGCCUAGCCUACUCGGCGGCGGCGGCCCACAGCCGCGGCCUGGCCUUCAUGGCGCCCUACUCCACGGCCGGCCUGGUGCCCACGCUCGGCUUCCGGCCGCCCAUGGACUACGCCUUCAGCGACCUCAUGCGGGACCGCUCGGCCGCCGCUGCCGCCGCGGUGCACAAGGAGCCCGGCUACGGGGGCGGGCUGUACGGGCCCAUGGUCAACGGUACCCCUGAGAAGCAGUAGGGCACGGGGCCCCGCAGUACGGCGGCCCCCCGAAAUACUGACCCAGCCUGCUCCCCAAGCCACCGGCCCCUCUUCGCCCUGCCCCGGGCCCUUCGCUCAGAGUUGCCCUUGCGGGGUUGUUUUGGAGGGUGGAUGGGAGCAUCCCAGCUAAGAGUGCAAGUGUCUUCAGAGCAGCCUUGUGGUCUGGGUGCUCGUCCCACCUCGGGUCAUCCUCCCCCAGACCUGCUAGCCCAGUUGUCAAAAGGCCGGGGAUCCCUGAGAAUCCCGAGGGCGGUGGUGGCGCCCACCCCUGCUGCUCCCUUCGCUCCGCUCUCCUAGCCAGCCAGCGCUCAGGUGGAUGGCAGGAUAAAUCAGUCUCUUGUGUCUACGCCAGUACCCACUCCCCUUUCAUUUAAAAAAGAAAAAUCCGCUCUAACAAAUAUAAAUUUAGGAUGUAUCCAUCUCUUGGCACUGAGUCGAGUCUUUGGAACACGCAUAUAUAUAUCGAUAUCAAUUGUAAAAAAAAAAAAAAAAAAA